AUCAAUAAUCUUAACUUGAUCAUUUUUUAUAUAAUAUUUUUUCUAUUGCUUUAUAUAUUGUGAUGAUGAAAAAUCAGCUAGCUAAAAUGUCAAUGUUAUUGGCAUUUAUUAUUAUACAGUUAUCAGUAACCAGUACUAGAGCCGACACUUGUGUGGACGAGUUUAACAUCAAUAAACUGUUUUCGUGCAAUGAUUUUCAAGAAAUUGGCGAAAAAUUUGGCCCACAAUUGGUUGAACUGUCCGAUACAUUGAAUAAAUUUUUUGAAAAAUCUGGCCAACUAUGCGAUGAUAUAACCUAUUUCAUCUGUGAAGAUGUUUACCAACUGGCCAUCGACCUAUCGAAAGCUAUGGCCGCUUACGAACAGACAGUUACCGCCGAUGAUCCGGAAGUGGCCAAAAAAUAUCGUGAAGCGGCCAAACUGUUCAAACAGUUAGCCGACAAAAUCAAACACUUGUGCCGCCAUCUUAACAAAUCCAGGUGCCGAUCGGGUAAAUCGUUUUACACUCAGGCACUAAGCGAAGCACUGGUAGGCCUAUCCGGUAAUAUUGGCCAACAGUUGACACCCGAACAACGGGGCCAACAAUUUUUGCAAGUAAUUCGUGACUUUUUUGCCGAUAUUUCCCGAUCGGUCGAAUUGGUAGUGAAUACAUGUCUGCCUAAAUUGAAACCGCCGGUCGACCAUAAGGUCCGGGAGUUUCUGGAAAUAUGGUUGGAUUAUAUGGAAAAAAUUGCCGUCAAUUUCAAUAGUUAGGUCAUUGAUAGGUAUUAGUAAUACUAUACAUAAUUUUAUGAUUAAUUUUUUAUUUUAUUUUAAUAAACAAGUAGUUGUUAUUAUUAAAUAUCAAUAA